AAGCAGCCCAAUCAAGGGUCCCUUGCCCAUUUCAACGCAAGCGGACGCUCAACCCACGUCUCACGUCCCACACGGCACCCUCGACCCUCGUCAUACAUCUUGCAGUUGAUCGCAUGCCACGGUCAUAUGAGGGUACCUUAUCCUCUGUCCAGAGCCAUCGAGCUUGGAUGCCAGGCCAUGUAUUCACCUUCCACACGGGGCACCACGAGCUUGACGGCCUCGAAGUCGCUCCCCGUCUCUUCGGUCUAACCGUCGAUCGGACUGCAUCCGUCGCUUGUGAGCUCCCAUGCCUCGACGCUUGUUGCUCCUGCCCGCUCCGGUCGACGGUCUCAUCCGGCCUCCGGAGCUUGACGCUGCCGACUAUAUUAGCCAGGUCCUUAACCGCUCAGAUGGCGCGACCGAGGCGGAUAUUGACCAGGAAUUGAUCGCAAAAGCAGUGGCCCUCGGGGUCGAGCUGCCAAUAUCUCGGCGAAACAGCGCCCAGGAACCGAGGGGCCCUGGCAGCGAUAGCGGUGAUACUCCAAACCUGCAGCAUACUCGCACGGCAUCUGUGGGAUUGAGCCAGACGGCAGAUAUGGAUCUCGCUUCGCAGACGUCAAAUCGUGCGCCAGCGGCCGCCACGAUGCUGACCGAGACUUCAGAUAGGAGGAGACCGAAAAGCCUCAGCUUCUCCCAAUACGACAGGUAUAUCAGACAAGUUGAUCCUGCCCUCGAUCAGCCCAAAUUCCUCAAGCCCAACCGCCAAAAGCCUAGAUGGUCGACCGGCGCUAGGACAAAGUCGGGCUCCAGGAAAGGGGUCAUGGUUUUCACUCGGAGCCUCGCAAGGAGGCUGCGAAAGAGGGGACCAGGCCUAAACACGCCCAUGCCCUGCAUAUGCUGUCGCGAAGACUUUGUCGCCGACAACGAUACUCUGCUCACCCUGCCAUGCGGUCACAGCUAUUGCCGCGAAUGCUUGUCCGUCUUGGUCACCCAGUCGCUGUCGGAAGAAAGGAAAAUGCCGCCAAGGUGCUGCACACAACCAAUCCCAAGCGUAACCAUCAAAAUGGUUCUUCCGCGAGAUAAGCAGCAGCAGUUUCUCAAGGCUGUGGUGCAGUACAGCACCCCCUGGGAGGCGAGAAUCUUCUGUCCAAACGCAUCUUGUGGAGAGUUCAUCCCGCGCCCCAGCAAGGCAGACCCCAAGCACCCGUUCGAAGUGGUGUGCACACACUGCAAGACGCGCGUUUGCUCCAUGUGCAAGCAGGCCGCUCAUCAGGUGGGCCAAGACUGCCCGGCGGACCACGAGUCCGAACGCGUGCUCGAGAUGGGCGAGAAGUCCGGCUGGCGGCGCUGCUACAAGUGCCGGAUGCUGGUCGAGCUGGCGCAGGGCUGCACCCAUAUGACCUGCCGGUGCAAGGCGCAGUUCUGUUACAUCUGCGGCGCGGUCUGGGACCCUGCGGUCGGCUGUCCCAACUUCUGCAACGGCGAGGAAGAACUGGAGCGGCGACGCGCCGAGGAGGAGGCGCGGUUGGCGGAGCUCGAGGCCGAGAAAGCUGCUCGAGAGCAAGCGGCCGAAGCGGCAGAGACUGCCAGGCAGGAGGCGGAGAAGCGAACACGGGAUAGCGUCGAGUUUGGGGCGCUGCGGAAGCAGCUGGAGGCCGAAAUGACCCGGUUCAGGAAGUUCGAGGGGCAGGUGGGCGAGGCCAUGCGACUUCGGCAAUCCAAUAAGAAGCUCGCGCUGGUCGAGAAGUUCUCCGAUCUCGCGGACAAGAUGCGCGAGCGCCACGCCAAGACUGAACAGCAUCUCGAAGACCGCCAGGUCCUGGUCGAGAUCGAACUACAAGCCCAGUUGAAGGAAAAGGAGAAGUCGGUCAAGAUCAAGCUCAAGUACAUGCAAGACUACUGCAACGGAACGGUCCCGCCAACGGGGAAUGGCGACGGGAACAACGGCGAGAUGCUCCUGAGGCGGGUAGUAACCGAUCGUGACUGGGGACAGCUGCGGCUGCAGUACCAGACCCGCGACGAAAUGGAACGGAGACACCAAUCCCAAAUCAACGGCCUGCGGGAGAAGCAGGAUAAGAGUAUGGAGGAGCUUCUGAAGCGGCACGGGAAGGAGAUCCAGACGCUGAUGGACCGGCGGGCCGAGGAGUUCGAGGACCUUGCAAUCGAGUUUGCCAACGAGGAGGAGGUACUCCAGCAGACGUUUUCGGAGCGCAGGGCUCGGUUGCAGAGGAGGUGGGAGCUGGCCGUGGAGAUCUUGAGGGUUGAGUUGGAAAAGAAGCACGGGAAGAAAUUCGCCACGAUGCCGUUGCCGAAAUGGCCCGAGGCCACUGACACUGACACGGACACUGACACUGCAGUGGUGGGUGAGACGAAUACGUGACGCGCGGGCUGGUGAGGUGAUGGCCCGAGUACCUGUAUCGUGUAGCUGCGGCUUCCAUUCCCCUCUCUUCCUUCGUUCGGGAUACAAUCUGUCGAACAUCUCUAUCCGGGUCUCAUCAGGUAUAUUUUCUGGGAGUUCCAUUUCAUGGCAUGGCCUGAGGGUGGUCAAUACAAGGUUGGGAAAUAGCAUUGGUAAUGGAGUUAAUGUCUCUUCAGUACAUUCAGGUCAUCAUUUUUAUGGUCUGACUGCUGUGCUCUCCGUUAUGUUU